AUGUCCCCAUGGACACUUCCAGGGACAGCAACGCCCCAAGGGAACAUACCCGGGGGGGGUGGCGUUCCCAGGGGUUCACUCAGGGGCAGCAGCGCCCCCUUGUACCUUCCCAGAGGCGGUGGUGCUCCCAUAGACACUCCCAGGGACAGUGGCUCCCCCAGGGACUUUUGCAGAGACCCUCCACAGGGGUGGCGGCGCCCCAAGGACUCUCAUAGGGACGGUGGCGCCUCUAGGGACCCUAACAGAGGCCGUGUCCCCCCAGGGACCCUUCCAAGGAUACCAAGGACUCUAUGGGCUCGUGCUCUCAGAGGUCCUCUCAGGGACGGUGGCACCUCAGAGAACUUCACAGGUGCAGUAGCGCCCCCAGUGACCUUCCUAAGGGUGGCGGUGCCUCCAGGGGCUCUCUCAAGGUCGACAGUUCCCCUAGAGGUCCUCCCGGGGAUGGUGGCAUCUCUAGGGACCCUUUCAGAGGCGGUAAGUUCCCAGGGACCCUCUCAAAGCGGUGGUGCCUCCAUGGUCCCUCCCAGGGACGGCAGCGCUGCCAAGGACCCUGCCAGGGAAGGGGGUACCUUCAGGCACCCUCCCAGGGGUGGCGACACGCCCAGGGACCCUCCCAGGAGCGGCAGCGACCCGAGGGACCCUUCCAGGGGCAGCAGGGCAUUUAGAGACCAUCUCAGGGACGGUGGAGCUCCAUAUUACACUUCCAGGGGCGGUGACAUCCCCAGGGAUCACCCAGCGACACUCCCGGGAGCAGCAGCACCUCCAGGGUCUUUCCGAGUGGGCGUCGGCGAUCCAUGGACACUCCCACGGAAGGGCGGUGUCCCCAGGAACCAUCCCAGGGGUGGUGGCGUUCCUAGGGGCCCACUUAUGGGCGGCGGCGCCUCCAAGGACACUCCUAGGGACAGCAGCGCCUCCAGGGACUCUUACAGUGCCCCUCCCAGGGGCAGCAGCGCCCCCUUGUACCCUCCCAGCGGUGGUGGCGCCCCCAUAGACACUCCCUGGGACAGUGGCUCCCCCAGGGACUUUUACAGAGACUCUCCACAGGGGUGGCGGCGCCCCAAGGACUCUCCUUGGGACGGUGGCGCCUACAGGGACCCUCCCAGAGGCGGUGUUUCCCCAGGGACCCUUCCAAGGAAUGCGAUGAUACUGGAAAUGUCAUGGGCGGUGUACUUAUUUAACGUUGCAUCUCCCAGAGUUCUAAAUAGCACAAAACUACUGCACCCAGGGGCCCACAGGUCUGGUGCUCCCAGAGGCCCUCUCAGAAGCGGCGGUGCCCUCAUAGGCCCUCCCAAGCAUGGUGAUGCUACCAGGAACCCACUGAGGGUCGGGGGCACCACGAGGGACUUUCACAAGGGCUGUGGCUUAAUAAGUGACACUUCCAGGGACCCUCUAAGGGGCGGCGGCGUUCCCAGGGACCUUACCAGGUACAGUGACGCUCCCAGGAACCUUCCCACAGGCGGUGAUGUCCCCAUCGACACUUCCAGGGACAGCAGCGCCUCCUUCUACCCUCCUAGAGGCGGUGGCGCCUCCAUGGACACUCCCAGAGACAGUGGCUCCCCCAGGGACUCUUGCAGAGAUCCUCCACAGGGGUGGUAG